AUGUCUCUCUGGACUUUGGCAAUUGGUUUCAUUUGUAUUUUGUAUAUAUUUCGUUUACGGAAACAUUUUAAAAUUUUAGCAUUUUUUGCACCAAAAUUGCGAACGAUCGAUGGUACGUCGGUAGAACAUUUGGUACCCACAUUACCGGGUCAAACAAUAUUUGGUAAUACAUUUGAUACAGCUGGUUUGGAUUUUGUUCAAACGUUUAAAUAUCUUCGCAAAAAUGCCGCCCUAAUGAAACAAAGCUAUGUCCAAUAUAUUAUGGGCAAAACUAUUCUCAAUGUUAUCGAUGCUGAAAUGGCUGAAAUGAUUUUUACCAACACGAAAUUGAUUACCAAAGGAUUUGUCUAUGGGUUUUUGAAACAAGCUUUGGGCGAUGGCCUACUAAUAUCCACUGGCGAGAAAUGGCAUAGCAGACGCAAAAUGUUGACACCGGCUUUUCAUUUUAACAUUUUGGGACAAUUUCAGGAGAUUUUUAUUGAAGAAAGUCAAAAAUUUAUUAACUAUAUGGAAAAUUUGGAUUCAAAUGUUUUGCUGCUGGAUGAAAUAAUACCAAAAUUUACAUUGAACGUUGUGUGUGAAACUGCUCUGGGUGUUAAAUUAGAUGAAUGCCUUGAUGGUGAUGAAUAUCGUCGUAGUUUCAGUGUUUUCGAAGAGUGCUUCAAUAGACGUGUCAAUAAUCCCCAUUUGAUGAACGAAACGGUCUACAAGGCCAUCGAAGAAUAUAAAUAUUUGCCAGCUUUAAAAAUUGCUCAUGAUUUCUCCAGCAAUAUAAUACAAAAGAGAAGAGAACAAUUUGCCAAAGAGCAGGAGGCAAGUCAAAUACAGGCUGAAGAUGAACAAAGUUUCCGGAAGCAACGCUAUGCCAUGUUAGAUACUCUGCUGUAUGCCGAAAAAGAUGGUCUCAUCGAUCAUGCCGGCAUUUGUGAAGAAGUUGAUACCUUUAUGUUUGAGGGUUAUGACACCACAUCGAUGAGUUUGAUAUUUUGUUUAAUGAAUCUUUCGCUAUAUCCCAAAAUGCAAGAACGUUGCUAUCAAGAAAUCCUCAAUAGCCUUGAUGGUGAUUUAGAAAAAGUGGAUAUUUCCGCAUUAAGUAAAUUAAAAUAUCUGGAAUGUUUUAUGAAAGAAUCAAUGCGUCUAUAUUCCACUGUACCGAUAAUUAUGCGUGAAGCUGUGGAAGAAACUGAACUACCGAACGGUUUAAUAUUACCCGCCAAUUCAUAUGUGACUGUGCACAUAUUCGAUUUACAUCGUAAUCCAAGACAUUUUGAAAAUCCCGAAGAUUUUAAUCCGGAUCGAUUUUUACCUGAAAAUUCGGUGGGUCGUCAUCCAUAUGCAUUUGCACCAUUUAGUGCGGGGCAGAGGAAUUGUAUAGGUCAAAAAUUCGCCAUGAAUGAAAUGAAAACAUUACUCGUCCAUAUUAUUAAGAAUUAUAAGUUGUUACCUUUAGUAGAUCCAAGUGCAUUUGAUUUUAAAUCUGGUAUUAUUAUUCGAACUAAGAAUGAGGUUAAGGUGAAAUUUAUUAAGAGACAAUAA